AUUUUCAGACGACAGUGACUACCUGCCCCAUCCCGUGAGGACCGCCGUUGGACAAGCCAGCCGUCCCGCUUCGGACACCAGUUACAUCCGUUUCGUGGAAAUCGCCCCAGAUGGCAGUGAUGACUCGAGUCCGAUCGCCGGCGAUGAGGGCGCAAUGCCAUCUCUUGUCUUUUGGCCUAACCUGGCUGACCUUGAGGUCUUCCUGGCUAAGACCGGCAAUUUGAAGCCCUGGAAAGUUGAGACCGGAAUCUCAGGGAAGGAGAGCCGGUUCAGGCGCAGUCCGGGUCCCUUGGGUGGCGGUUCUCUUCUCUUCUCAGGGCCCAGUAGCAGCUUCUCGUCCAGCCAGAGCAGCUCCUCCUCGUCCUCCGGAGGCGGGGCAGGGGGCAGCUUAAGCAAGAGCGGCUCUUCCUCCAGUAGCGGGUCCUUCGGAGGAACACUUGGCGGCGGUGUGGGAGGAAUCGGAGAGGGAGGAGGUGGAUAUGGAGGAAGCAGUAAAUUUUUAGGCGGAGGUGGGGGUGUUGGAGGCGGCGGCAGUGGAGGACACGGAGCAGGCAGUGGGCUGAGUGGAGGAGGUUAUGGAGGUGUUGGAGGCGGUGGACUUGGAGGCGGCGGAUUUGGAGGCAGCGGCAGUGGAGCCCAUGCAGGAAUUGGUGGAUUUGGAGGCGGCGGUAGUGGCGGACACGGAGCAGGCAGUGGGCUGAGUGGAGGAGGUUAUGGAGGUGUUGGAGGCGGUGGACUUGGAGGCGGCAGAUUUGGAGGCAGCGGCAGUGGAGCACAUGCAGGAAGCGGUGGAUUUGGAGGCGGCGGCAGUGGCGGACACGGAGCAGGCAGUGGGUUGAGUGGAGGAGGUUAUGGAGGCGGUGGACUUGGAGGUGGUGGACUUGGAGGCGGAAGCAGUGGUAGUCAGUCAAGCUCCGGUAGUUCAAGCAGUAGCGGAGGAGGAGGCAUUGGAGGCGGACAUGGCGGUGGCGGUCUUGGAGGCGGCGGACUUGGAGUUGGCGGCAGUGGCGUACACGGAGGAGGAAGCGGACUUAGUGGAGGAGGUUAUGGAGGUGCUGGAGGCGGUGGAUUUGGAGGCGGAGGCAGUGGAGCCAAUGCUGGAAGCGGUGGAUUUGGAGGCGGCGGUAGUGGCGGACACGGAGCAGGCAGUGGGCUGAGUGGAGGAAGUUAUGGAGGUGUUGGAGGCAGUGGACUUGGAGGUGGUGGACUUGGAGGCGGAGGCAGUGGUAGUCAGUCAAGCUCCAGUAGUUCAAGCAGUAGCGGAGGAGGAGGCAUUGGCGGCGGACAUGGCGGUGGCGGUCUUGGAGGCGGCGGACUUGGAGGUGGCGGCAGUGGCGUACACGGAGGAGAAGGCGGUCUUAGUGGAGGAAGUUAUGGAGGUGGACUUGGAGGCGGUGGACUUGGAGGCGGUGGACUUGGAGGCGGUGGACUUGGAGGCAGUGGACAUGGAGGCGGAGGUAGUGGUAGUCAGUCAAGCUCCGGUAGUUCAAGCAGUAGCGGAGCUGUUGGAGGAGGAAUUGGGGGCGGACAUGGCGGUGGUGGACUUGGAGAUGGCGGAUACGGUGGAGGUGGAUCAGGAGGAGGCGGCCACGGUGGAUUCAGAGGUGGUGGUUAUGGAGGUGGCGCCAGUGGAAGUUCCUCGAAGAGUUCAGCCUCCAGCUCCAGCCAGAGCGGUGCAGGCGGGCAUGGGGCAGGGUGUGAUUCCUGUGGAGGCGAUGAAAAUAUCCUGCUGUCAAGAAUCGGAUCGUCUGAUGACGGCUCAACUGGAGUUGGCGGCAGUGGCGCCUCUACGGGCAAGGGCGUGUACUCGGCCUCAAGCUCCUCGAUUGACCACACCGGAAGAGUCACGUACAGCGCUCACGCGGGAAAAGUGUGAAGCUCUACGUACAGAUUUGCAGAUCAAAUUACUGCAAAUGAAACCCAAUAUUCAUUGUUGUCAGCUGAACAGCAACAAUAUGUUUUAAUAAAUCACGGUUGUAAACAAACUUUCACGGACUUUUAUGACAUUAACGUGUACUCUCUUCUUUGUACUCUAUUCUGAGGCCUCAAUUACAUGCUUCUCAGUCUGUCCAGUAAA